CCCUUCCUCCUCCUCUCCUCCAGUUCGUGCCGUGUGUUGUGUGGCGGCGGCGGGGUGGUGGAGCGACGUCGAAAAAAUUUUCCCAAACACGAGCGGAAGACUAUAAAGCGAGGGGAGUUUCUUAGUUUACAAGAGAAAUGACAAAUAACCUCAAAGAAGUAACCAUGGAGACUAGUGGUCCAGAAAAUCCCCCAGAAGGACAGACUUCGGCCCCUCACAACAAUUUCCGCGGCAGAGGAUCUUUCAGGAGUCGUGGUGGUGGAUUCCGUGGAAGAGGUGGCCCCGGCUUCUCAGCGGCACGAGGUGGAGGAUUCAGAGGAAGAGGCGCGCCUGGCUUUUCUCCGGGACCCAUGCGUGCAAGAUUCCGUGGGCGUGGAGGUUUCCGCGGAGGACG